UGCCAUAGUUUCUACUAAUAAUGCAAAUAAUGCAGUUAGAGCCAUAGUUUCUACUAAUAAUGCAAAUAAUGCAGUUAGAGCCAUAGUUUCUACUAAUAAUGCAAAUAAUGCUGUUAGAGUCAUAGUUUCUACUACAACUAGAUCCGUAGAUCAUACGGCGGAAAACGCAUUUUCUUUCUUGCCCGCACAUUACGCCGUCUCUGAAACGAAUUCUCUGUUGCAACGUGUAUGGAUAUCAAGUGAAGAUAAUUCUAAUGUUCCAGUGCAAAACGAGACAUUGGUUUUUACUGAAGGCUCUGUUUUUAAGGAACCUGACUAUGGUGUAGAUUGUACUUUUCAUCACGUCGGCAAUGUACCAGAUAUCAGAAAUAACACUUGA